GCCGACGAAAGAUGGCGGCAGCCGUGUGCUUAUGGGGCCGGGGCCAGCGGGUGCUGUCCUGGAGCCGGGACCUGCCUUGCGCCUGGCACGCCCUGCACACCUCCGCUGUGUGCGCCAAGAACCGGGCGGCCCGAGUCCGCGUGGGCAAGGGGGACAAGCCGGUGAGCUACGAGGAGGCGCACGCGCCGCACUACAUCGCCCACCGGAAGGGCUGGCUGUCGCUGCACACAGGGAACCUGCACGGUGAGGACCAUGCUGCAGAGCGGACGGUGGAAGAUGUCUUCCUUCGGAAAUUCAUGCGAGGAACCUUCCCAGGCUGCCUGGCUGACCAGCUGGUUCUGAAGCGCCGGGCCAACCAAGUGGACAUUUGUGCGGUGGUCCUACGGCAGCUGCCUGCACACAAGUUCUACUUCCUUGUGGGCUACAGCGAGACUCUGCUGUCCCACUUUUACAAGUGUCCUGUACGGCUCCACCUCCAGACUGUGCCUGCAAAAGUUGUGUAUAAGUACAUCUAAGAGGAGGCCUUCCUCCUAUGAUCUGGAGCCUGCACAGGACACUUUCUGUCACAGAGGAAAGGGGUGAAGCAGAACCAGGGCCCAUGAGCGGCACUUUACCUAGAGUGCCUUGUUUUCUGUCAAAAUGAUAAGGUCCUUUCUGGGGAUA